AUGGGGUGCUGUGUGCACAUUAAUGAGGAAAAAAGGAACUUAAAUUAUUUUAACAAAUGGCUGCAAUAUAACAAAGAGUGACAAAUUUAAGGGGUCUGAAAACCUUCCGUACCCACUGUAUGUGCCCCGCGAUUGGCUGGUGACCAGUUCAGAGUCUACCCCGCCUCUCGCCCGAAGAUAGCUGGGAUAAGCUACAGCACGCCCGCGACCCUAGUGAGGAUAAGCGGCACACAAAAUGGAUGGAUGGAUGGCUUGGUGGUGAUUUACCCAUCAUGUCACAUGUGGCCAUUUGUUAGGAUGGAGAAGCUUUGGAAGCAGGAACCAAGAAGUUUGAAGAUCUGGAGUUUCAACAACUUGAGAGAGAAAGCAGCUUGGAGGAGGAAAGGGAAACAAUGAGCCAGCAGUUGUUGCGGGAGAGAGCAGAGGCCAAGAGGAAGGAGAAAGUGUCUGCUUUGGAGAACCAGGCCAACCAGCUGGGCCUCCAGGCAUCUCAGGAAUGUGAGCGUCUCGCCAAAGACAGGACCAUCACGCUGCAAAUGCGCCAAAAGGAGGAGGAGAGGCUAUCUGAUUUGGAACAAAGGUACCACAGUUUAACUGGAGGAAAGAGCUUCCCAAAGUCCUCUACAGCCAUGCGAGAAAGCCCUCUUCUGAGCGUCAAAAGCUCAGGCAGCCUGCCCAGGAACCUGGCUGUCACCCUGCAGAGCGUUGAGACCAAAAGGCAGCUCGCUCUGCAGCAAAAAGAACCUCAGACCUCCAGUCAGCCACGCAUUGAAGGAAGAUCAGCAGGUCAACAGGUGAUUGAAGAGCAGCGACGUCGUCUGGCUGAGCUAAAGCAGAGAGCAGCGGCAGAAGCUCAGUGCCAGUGGGAGGCGCUCCAUAGCUUGCAGCCUCAACUCAUCAACCCCACGCCCUCCUACUCCCCAGUCAUGUCCUACAGUCCCACACUGAGUCACAGGUCUACAGGCCACCAUCCUCUGGUCCAACACUCCAUCCUACACCACCAUCCAGCAUCAGCCGGCGAGCAGCCCUACGACACGUUGAGUCUGGAGAGCUCUGACAGUAUGGACACCAGUGUGUCCACGGGGAACAACUCCGCCUGCUCACCAGAUAAUUUAUCCAGUGUUGGAGGAGCAGACUCGCUGAAGAUUGAAGAGAUGGAGAAAAUGCUGAAGGAGGCACAGAUGGAGAAAGCCAGACUUAUCGAGUUUCGGGAACAGGAGAGCUUCGCUCGCCAUCAGAUGCUGGAGGAAGAGCGGAAAAGGAGAGAAGAAGCAGAGAAAAGACCGCAAGAUGAAACUCUCCACCAACAGCAGCUGGUGGAGAAGGAAGUUACGAUGAGAGCCAAGAACUUCUCUCAGGCCCGUCCUAUGACACGCUACCUGCCAAUUAGGAAGGAGGAGUUUGACCUUCGCACUCACAUUGAGACGUCAGGCCACAGUGUGGACACCUGCUACCACAUCAUCCUCACUGAGAUGUGCAAGGGCUACCUGGUCAAGAUGGGAGGCAAGAUCAAGUCGUGGAAGAAACGCUGAGCCCAAAUCCCGCCUUGACGUUUUGCGUGAAGACCCACGACCGCCUCUAUUACAUGGUGGCGCCCUCGGCAUCUGGAUGCGGAUCUGGAUGGACGUAAUAGUCACAGGAGCCGAGGGGUACACUCAAUUCCUGAACUGACAACGCAAGUGAGGACGAGCUCGUUUUCGGCAGGGACUCUGAACACACUCCCUAUAUCUAGUCCACAGCUUUUUGCUAUGUUCGUUUGUUUUUUUGUUUUUUUUUACUCUGUUGAAAAAAAUGCCAAAUGUCAACAAUCUAGUGUAUUUCUUGGAGUCGCCAUAUGCUCAGUGAAAACGACACAAUAGAGAGAGCAAGCAAAGCUCUCCAUCCUCCUCUCUGCUUUGCUUAUGUGUUGCUCCUUUAGAAAUCAGUCUUGACUUUUAAGACUCGCUCCAAAUCACACGCAGCAUUGACAACUGUUUAGUUUCAGGUGAGCUUACAGGUGCAGUAUUUGGAAGCAUUCCAGCUCAGGGCUUCAUUCAGCAGUUAUUUGAUUGUCACGCUUGUGAUCAAAGUAUUUUGUGUAUUUGGAUAACUAUUUCUCAAUGCUAAGAUGAUGACAUCAUUUGACAAUGGUGAAGUUCAAGGUACACAUUUUAUUUCUUGAUUCCGUUAGGCUGUUAGCUCAGCAUUAUCGACGCUAAAGGAGGGACCUAUUAGUAAUAUCACUAGCUAUCAAGUUCCAUA